AGUUGAUGCGGGCCUAUUGGAUAUGACGGUACAUAGUAUUAGUGAGGUUCUUCCGUUGUGACUACUUACAUUCAAUGAACUCUAAUUUUACACACACUUGUUCAGCAUAUUUGGUGAAUACAGACUAAUGAACGAAAUGAGUUUAGAAAGAAGUUCUCGAGAAGUUGUAUACAUUAAAGCCAAAGUAAGAUCAAUACGUUUUCAUGGCUUAAAUCUUUCAGCUUAGCACAGAAAGUGGUACUGACCAAUAUAAGAAAUUCGCAAUCGAUCCAAAUAUUACAGAUUACAAAGUUCUUCUGGGUUUGCUGCGUAAAUGCUUUGAUAUUAACUGGUAAACUAUUUCUCUAUUAGCAGACUUUUGAACAUAGUCAUUUAGUGGUAUCUUAUAAUGUGAAAGAUCUCAUGAAUAAACAAAGCAGAUGAUCACAAAUUUUUGCCAUGACCUUCCCAUUUAGUCAUGGUGUUAAAUCUAGCAUCGACAGAAUUAAGUCGAUUUGGGGAUUAAAUAAGUUUGUGUCUAGAAGGAGGAUUAAUAGCAAGAAAGACUUCAUGUGAUGUAGAUACAUAUCGGCUGAAUUAACAUAAUAUUUACCGCACAUGUUUGGUCAUGAUUUCUAGGUGUCCUAUUGAUUCAACUAUAUUUGGGGUUGAACGGUCCUCAGACUAAAAAAAUGACAUAUCGACAGUUUUUACUACAAGCCCUAUUAAAUAAUUGCUAGGUAGAGUGCACAAAACAAAUGUUUAUUAUUUAUUUAUUUAUUUAAACACAUAAAUAUUAGUACAAAGGGACAAUGCAUACAUUUGCGCUACACAAAAAGUUGUCAUUUCAUUUUAAUUGUAUGAGGGCCAUGAUACUUCCCGGAUGCCCAGACCAAAGAAGGUAGUUUUCUUAGAGGGUCACACCCGGAGCCUUCGACCUAAAUGUCUGAUCCACAAGUCAGUGGAGCAACGUAAGGAGAUUCAGCCCCAUGGUAGUUAGUGACCAACAAUUGGUUCAUACGCCUUUCGUUCCAUCAGGAUCGUGAAGCCCAUGUGCACCAUUGGUUUGGAAUCAGGGUUUUCCAACUUCCCUAGGUGGACUUUCCGUGUCCACCAACCCAGUUAAAGAGCCGGAUAUUCGCUUUUUUCUUUUCAAUUUCGUAUGCAACACCCACACCACAAGGAGGUAGUGAGUAGGAUAUCUCUGGCAAAGGCUGUGUAUGUGUUGCCGUGUGAAAGCAUUUCGAGAGAGGGAGGACGGGCCCUUCCCACUCUCGGCCGAAGCAGGGCAUUUUGGGGAGACAGAUCCUCUCAUAUUUGUAUCCAAUGCUCAAAAAUCGUAUCCCUGAUAAUAAACGCUCCUUUUAUUUACGAUGUUUGCAAUGGAUUUCAAACACUUGUGUGGUUUAUUUCAAUCUGUCUUUUCGACUGCAAAUACUUUAUCGUCCUGUCAAAAUAGUGUAAAAUAUGUGGUUGUGAAAGGAACUAUUUCUUAAAUAAGGUAUGAAGCAAGUUCACAAUUGUAUUUAAAAUUUUAUUUAGCAAACAUAAAUACCUAUGUUAAGGUUAUUUUUAAUGUAAAUAACGAAACACUUUUAAGAUAAAAGAAAAUCUAAUGCUAAAAUGCCCUUCAAUACUUACGAUAUUCACGCUGUGCUUUUCAGCGCAAUAACUGUAGAAAUACUUUCCAACUAACUUUACAUUUCAUAUUGCUAUGCUACUGUGGAAAGUUUUUUUGGAACGAAUUUGUCUUAGAAGCGAGUCUUCAUCCUUUACCUCAGUUUCAUUAUCUCUAUUUGCGAAACCACGUUAGUCAUGGUAUGACUUCCUCAUUUGACAUGGAUUAGUUUAUAAAUGACGAAAUCUAUCAUUACUCUAUGCAUCCUGAUUAUUUAAAGUCAAGUGACUUAAUAUUUUUACUUCUACGUGUUAAAUACAGUAUACAUGCAGUAAAGGAAAUCCUUACAUUGUAUCUGGUCAAUAUUCCUUAUUAUUUAUAUCUGUUGAAAUGAUUCACACAUGUGUUUAUCACACAUUUAACAAACAACAUAAAAGAAACUGUAUUAUUUGUUGGUCUGAUUUUAGUGAUUUUUCGGUUUGUUACUUGGCUAUUGAUGAAUUCGGUGAGCAGUUUUAUUUACCGUUACAAUCCGACUGGGAUCUGGAUGCGUCGAUAGUCACGUCAUCUGAUUCUACUUUACGACUUAAAAUAACCCUGAAGCCUAAAGUGUCUGAUCUUCAAGACUGGGAUAUUAUUAUUCCAAGUGGUGUUCAGUCUAUCUCCAGAAGAAGAAAGUCACAAAAUGAUACAAAAAAUGAUCUAACAUUCAAUGAUUUUAAAGGACCAUCACUUUUUUCACAAAUUACUCAACGAUUUGAAAAAACUGUUGCAAAUGUGCGCAAGGCUAUAGGAAUUGUAAUGGAUGGAGAUGAUAUGUUUCACACUAUCCAUCCUCCGAUAUCAGAUACACAAAUGAGAUUAUACAUGGAUGAUAAUGGACGCAUUAUAUAUCUAAAUCAAUUCUACCUAGAUGUUUAUCUAAAUGGUCUAGAGCACAGUUUACGUAAGGUUGGCUGGCGUAUAUUAUUAUCAGUUUGUCCAGCGGACACAACCGGUCAAGAACGUUUUCACUUACUGGAUAUCAAAGCCCAACAGUAUGAUACUCUUAAGGAAAAUUGGAAAAAGUUGUACGUAAUGGGUUUAAUGUCCGAACAUCAACUAUCUACAUUAGCUUCAAUAAGCAUAGAUGUUGUUCGUACAGACUGGAAAGAAGACUAUUAUCGUUCUGUUGGCAACCAUCAUCGAGUGUGUCAAUUGUUCGAUAUUCUAGCCACUUAUUGUAUACACCACCCAAAUAUUGGAUAUUGUCAAGGUAUGUCAGAUUUGGCCAGCCCAUUAUUAGUUGUUCAAAGUGAUGAAGCACUAGCAUAUCUCUCGUUUUGUGCUUUAAUGCAACGUGUUAAAUUCAAAUUUGGUGAUACGCAGCAAUCUAUAUUAAUUAACAAUAUGCAAGAUUUACACGAUCUUCUAACGUAUACAGAUAGUGAAUUAGCACAAUUUUUCCGUGCACAUAAUUUAGCUAAUAUGUAUUUUACUCAACGUUGGUUUGUCUUAGAAUUAAAACGUGAAUUUAACUUUGAAGAGUCUUUACGUAUGUUUGAAUCACAAUGGGCUGCUUUAUGUCUUGUAAAAAAUAAUAGUUUAAUUGAAAUUGAAACUUGCAAUUCUAAAUCUGAAGGUUAUCUUGUUUUAACUGAUGGUACAAGUAAUUUGUACAUGCCGAAUACCUCAUUCACAUCAACAAAUUCUCUUAAUUGGCACCACUACACGGCAAGAGAUGUUAGCCUAAUCAAUUCUUUAAUAGGUUCAAAUUAUGUUGUUGACUUGAAAAAAAAAGGAUUCACUACUGUGUCUAACCCAGACACGAUUAAAAAAGAUCAUCCAUCUUCUUCCCCCUCUCAGUUUAUCACUUCUGAUGCCCACUUCUCAUGUCAAUUAUCUAAUCAAGAUUUUAAUUCCGGAAAUCCACAACAAACCUCAUCUGAUACGUUAAUUACAGAAACUCAAUUUGAAAUUAUCUCCAAUGAAUCACUAUUGGAUUUUACCAACUCUAUAAAAAAUCAAUCUUUACAUUUGACAUCAACUAAACGAUUAUCUUCAUUUUCUAUUGAAAAUGAACCUAUUCAUAUUAAAACCAAUGUGACACAUUUACCACCACCGAAUCAAUUCGGUCAAGGUAAUCCAUUUCUCUUGUUUCUUAGUUUAUCAUUAAUCUUAGAAUAUAAAGAGGUAAUUAUGCUAGAAAUUAAAGAACCUGGGGAUAUUAUACAAUUUUAUCAACAACAAUCUGGUAAACAUAAUUCUUCCAGAAUAUUGUAUCGUGCGAAAAAGUUAUUUAAUAAAUACUUAGAAGAAAAUAAUUUCCAGUUUUUUAGUUAAACCUUAACUGUACAGUCGUAGAAAAAGUCCAACUAACACACACUAACCCACUCAACUAUACAUGACAUUACUGUAUUUUCAUUUUGUAUUAUUGUUUUCUUCUCUUUUAAAUAUUUUUGUUUGUUUUUUUAUUAACUUUGUAUUGUUAUUAUUACUACUUUUGUUAAUUAACCAGCAUUACUUCGAAACAGAUCUUAAAGUACAGCAACCUAUUUUCACUGUGAUAAUCAACAUAUCUAUUUCCCUUGCAGAUUUUGAAAUAAAAAUAUUUUCGUAUU